AUCGGUUUGAACGCUGGACUUGAACAACCUUGUCUUUGCUCCGCGCCUUCGUUGACACGGGAAACUCCAUGUUAUGACGAGAUCAGGACCGCCUGUCGUGACACCCCCAUUAUCAACAUUGAAGCAGAAAAAGAGGAAAUUUUUUCAUGAGCACGGCAAGGAUUCUUUGGAGCUAGCGGUGUCAAUCGGAAAGAUACAGGAGGACAAAGCGUUGCUUAAGGCUGAGAGACAUCAUCAACCGCAGGCUGGUCACCCCCGAUCCGAGCGUAAACAUCAAAAAAGCAGGACAAAAAAGAAAUUGGAAGAGGUAAAAGCUACCAUUGCGAGCCAGCGGGCUCGGCUGAAAAGGGAGAAAAUAAAAAUGCGUAAAGAGCACCCGGGGCCCGCGGUCCAUCAAAAGUCAAGCCCGUCAAGUAACGCACAGGAUCGUGCGCCUCGCAAGAGGGUGUCCUUUGUGUAGGCUUUGACGUAUAUUUUACAUUUGUCUCGAUCAGUCAAUUGUGGUAGCAACAUCAGCCCGGGGUGUCUCGCCGCUCCUU